CCAACCAUGCCGCUUUUAAUAAAUCAUCUGUGAAUCGAGACUUUGAUCCUAUUCCCUCUUCCUGUCUCGAAUACAGAUUACACCCCUAUAGCUAUCAAGGAUCGUCAUUAAAGGCCAAUCCACCCGAUCACUAUGUCCAUCUACCAUCUCUUCCAAGCGCAGCUAACGCGACAAUGGCGUCGAACACCUUUGGUUCCCUCAACUUCGAGAUCCAUCUCUAUUUUCGGUUUGGGCACUCCUACGCCCGAAGCCAGCAGUUCCASUUUCGAUGCCACCUYCAGAACAUCCGCUACCACUACCGAAUCCACUACCAAAGUUACUUCCAAUCACAUAAACAAACGCAAGAUAAGCAAAGAGGUUGCCACAACAUACGAUAUGCCUUUGGCGCAAGCUGAACGAAUCGUCACCAUGAUUUUCGACACAAUAGUUGAGGGGGUAGUCGAUGGCAGACAGGUGCGCGUGUCUAACUUUGGAGCCUUCGAUUCUUACAUGUCAAAGGCAACAGAGAGAAAGAAUCCCAAGACUGGAGAAAUCGUUCAAAUUCCAUCGAAGAGACGAAUCCGAUUCAAGGCAUACGAUAGCUUCAAAAAGGCGUAGAUUGGUGGAUGAGCUCCGACUCGCAUCAGGAAACAUCGCGGAAUUUCAAAUGGAGAUCGUUUACAGUAUCUGUUCUGCUUUCAUUAUUCUGGAAACUAUUAGUAACGUGACCUUGAUUUUGCAAUGGGUUGGAAUUAUUUCGGGUAUUCAAGAUAUAUAUAUAUAUAUUACAGUAUUGACGAAACCAAAAUCAUAAGGUAUAGCACAGACGUUAAAUUUAGCUAACCACAACAAGGUGAUUCGCAUUGUUAAACAUAAUUUGAUUCUGGUCUAUCGAAUCUUGUGCGGAUUCCCUGAAAGGAAUUGACACCACAGUCAACUAGUUCCAGUCUAAGUGGCGGUACCGAAUAACUGGCGAGCUGGCCACGAUGGAUUGUAGGACUUCCACUUUCUUGGAGAAAGCAAUUGAUGUUGGUGUGUUGUACGUGAGGAAUCCUUGUAUUGUUCUUGGUCACCAAUGGUUUGCACCGUACGUAAUAGUCUAAAGAACGACGUGGUCGGCUUGAUAAUCGGCAAUGUCUCUCGAGGAGAUAAAUUGCACGAUCUUGCACAGAUAGCAGUUUGGUCGGAUCGGUCAUCUUCAAGUCUUUUGUGCCGGUUCCUUUUCGUGCGGCCAGGAUAUUGAUAACAUUUUCUCGAAUGCGCUUAGGUGGUGGYAUCGAUUUCAUGAAUUGAAUAUUCCCACCUGGCAGAGACCAAAGCCCUUCUUCAAUUGCUUGGAUCUUGGCCACAGGCAUUCCCAAAAGCGUCAACGCAGCAUCUCCAUCUGCGUACAACGUCGCUUGUCCAGUGCCAUCAUCUAAGAUGCCGCUGCAUUCCCAUUUCACACCGAACAUAGUUUUUGGACAAUCAUUUUUUGGACAUCGAAGGUCUGCUGAUCGCACGUGCGGCGCAAGCUUUGAACGUAUGUUGACACUAUCAGAUGUAUUGCACCUCGACGUGCGAUGAUUGCCCCGCAAACGCUCAUUUGGAUGAGGAAGAUGCCAAAARCUAACUUCGUUAGAAAUCUCUUGUCGUUUUCGUUUUGUCUUCCCUGGAGCUCCUUCUCUUGUCCGCGAGGACUGCACCAAUGAGCAAAGGCACCGUGUACAGUAGCAUUCUGCUUGGCAAAAUGCUAAAGCCAGAAAACGACCAUUCGCAAUCCGUCGUACCAACGAUGGUUUCAUGGUUGUGUGGGAUAAAUUUGGUUCUCGAAGACUCUUAUAGAUUAGUUCAAACAAUUCAGACACCGUGUUCAAUGGAAUCGCACUUGAAGGUUCUGUGGUCAACUCCCCAACACUACGGAAGCUAGGGUCAGCAGAACGAGCGAUAAAUCUACGAUGAAGCCUUUGAUGGAGCAUUCCGUUCAUUACUUUCAAACCUCCAACAAAGUCAAAAAAACGGGAAGAAUUCUUUUCUCUUAAUGUACCCUUUGCUUGAAKCCCCUUGAUAUCGAGAUCAUGGUGUAAAAAGACGGCAUCCACGCGAUCUUGGGUGCAAAAGGAACGGGUGUAUCCUUCCUUUGUCAACUGCAGUGAACAGUUCGGAAAGUUUAACUCCACGCUUGAAUUUGAGCACGAAGAUCCCGGAAUGAUAUCUUCACCACCCCCAAAAGUCAACGCACAGGUCUGACCAGAAUUCCCUAAAAGCCAAAACGAAGAUCCCAAGAUUUUCUGAGCUUCUAUAAGGUUUACUCCGGGCCAGACAACCUCCAACACUUCGUUGAACUUGAUCAUUCUUGCAGUAUUCGGUAUAACUGAUAGGUUCAUUUGUAACGCUUGCAAACAAGAAUUGUCGGAUUCGAGGCAUUUCGACUCCGCCCUCUUCAAGCUUGAAAUCGUCAAGCGACAACAUCUGUGGGAGCCAUUUGYAUUCAUUUUACAAUUGAAUUGACACCGGGUGACGGUCCCCAUCACUCUGGCUGGUUUGAAAGCUUCUGAAAAGAAGUUUUGCGUCGCAAGGCAAUCCUCAACAGUCAAAGUGACAUCUUCUAAUCCCAUUUCAUCAUCUUUGGUCGAAGAAGAAUUAAGCUUUUGAAGUAUUUGGUAUUUGUGACAUUGCAUCUGAACUGCCGUGACAAACAACAAACCGUGGAUCGCAACCAAAGAACAAUUGCCCCCAAGAUGGCUGUUACUCGAGUUCAGAGUCGGAAGCGAUAAGGAUUUUGAAACAGAUGACCGAAAACCAAUGCUCAAAGGAUCGUCAGCUUCAUCCUCCGUGAAUCCUCUUGGUAGAUUACUAAGACACAAGCAGGAUAUUAUGAUGCUGUCAAACUCACCAACGAUAAAAUCGUUGAUGCUAGGAUGAUCAGAACUUUUUUUGUGCAGAGCAAUAGGGAUCUGACAAUUUCCGUCUGCAAUUGCUGCCACAUCAGAUGAAGCAUUUGUGUGCAACUCACUAACGCGGCCCCCUACAAAACAUUUAACAUCUCUAUUGCCUUCCGUUCCGAAAUUGAUCUUUGAAAGCUUAGAGAACAGCUCAUGUCGAGUAACAUGAAUAGAACCAUGAAAUCCUU